AUGAUGCAGCAGCCCGCCCCGCCGCCGGCCGAGAAGAAGCGUAAGAAGGAGAAGGACGGGAGCUCCUCGAGCAGCGACGACAGCAGCAGCAGCGACCUCGGCAACGUGUCUGGGGCCUUGGGCCCCGCGGCAGCCAUGGCCGCGAUGGCGGCCAUGUGGCAUCCUGGAGCCGCGUCGUCGCAGAUGGGCAUGCCUCCGGCAGGGGGCGACAGCGUCGCAGACUUCCUCUCGAUGUCGAACGUGAGCGCCGAGGCUGCGCAGCGCAUGCGCCAGUUGGCUCCGCACUUGCAGCAGGUGGUGCUGAAGCGCGGCCCGCUCCACGACGCGCGCAACCCGACGGCGGUGCUGCUGGCGCGCAUCCGCGACGCGGAGCUGGGCAGUCACGCGGGUUACCCCGAACCUGGUGCGGGGGGGGGGGGACGCGCGGUGGCGCCCCCUGGACGAGGACAGGAGGCCCGCGCGGAGGUCUGCAAAGGCGGCCAUCGAGGCCAUGAUCAGCGACUUCCGGCUCUCGCCUGGCUGCGCCUGGAUGAUGCGCUCCCUGCCCCCGGACAAGCAGAAGCUGGCGGCCAAGAUUGA